GGUUCAAUUGUGCAUACUUUUUCAGUUUUCAUUUGACCCCAAUACAAAUUCUUAUCACCAAUACUAUGUUUAAUCAAAAAAUCACUGACCUGGAGCGCGAUUACUUUCCCAGCUAUCACACCAUACGGUUCCAAGAUCAGACCGUACCCAACUUGGCAGUGCAAGACCAUUUCGUACAGCUGACAGUGAAACAGGGUAAAGACUUGACGGCCAAGCAGGGAAUUAAAGUGGAUCAUUUUCGAUAUGGCGGCCAGGACGAUCGGCAAAUUGUGGAUGCCUUUUACAACGAUUCCACCAGUGAAUCCUCUCCGCUUUUUGUGUAUGUCCAUGGGGGCUACUGGCAAAUGCUGGACAUAACCCACUCCUGCUCCAUGGUCGGUCCCCUGGUGCGACGUGGCUACCGGGUGGCUGUCAUGGACUACAAUCUGUGCCCGCAGGUGACCCUGGACCAGCUGAUGCAGGAGUUUACCAAUUUCCUUAACUGGAUCUUUGAGUAUGCCGAGAAGGCAAAUAUCACAGAGAUUCAUUUUGCUGGACACUCGGCUGGCGGACACAUGCUUGCACAGAUCCUUAACGCUCCCGAAUUGGUCACCCCCGAGAGACGUCGGACUAUUCGCUCGCUGAUCUUCAUGUGUGGCGUCUACGAUCUACGCGAGCUGUGGUCCUUGGAAAAUGUAAAUCCCAGCAACAUUCUGGGGCUGAACGCUGCCAAGGCCGUGGCACUGUCGCCCAUUCUGUGGAAUUAUACGGAUGCCAAGUCCUGGAGUUUCACUAAAUUCCACGUGCUGGCCGCAGAGCACGAGAGCAUGACAUUCAUCGAGCAAAGUCGCGUCUUUAGCCAGGUUUUGGAGAAUGCUGGCUUCCCCACAAGCUUCAAGCUGAUGCAGGGAUACGAUCACUUUGAUAUUAUCGAGGAAACGGCCAGCGAUGACUCGGCUAUAGCCAAAUACCUGCAGGAGAUUUUAAAGCUUUAAACCCGAUUGAGUCGCAAGUGGAUAGGAUCAGAUUACUUUCAAUUCUUUUUUCUUAGUGUUUGUUUAAAACAAUCUUAACUUAAUAGUAUGCUCUGGUAAAUA